AUAUGGCGACCUGCGCCAGGUACCUGACAGCAACGCACCGCCGCAGCCGCGAGCUACCGGCAGAAAGCAGCCCAAGCGAAAGCGAGCCGCUUGCCUGCCGGCGUGGCGCGGCGGUGCAGCUCGUUACUCGUUUGCGUCUCCACCAUUGCUUAGGAUGAACUUGGCGAUAAGGAAGGUAUAACAGCACUGCGCAAAAGGCGAGAUUCGCUGCCUCCCCGGCCAUGCCAUGCCGCGCCCCUCUCGGUGUCCGCCCCCGGUGGGCUUGGAAUCUCCCGUCCCUUUCGCUCUAUACAAUCCCCACUUCCUCAUCCCCUGCCCCAGUCCCAGUCCCCGCGCGCACCAUCUGUUCGACGUAUUGCCGACAUGGGCGCCGGCGCCCUGAUCUUUGGCCUUCUGUGCGUGUUCCAACUGUCACAUUCGUCAUCAGACAAGGACGACUUCACCAAGGUCAGGGCAGUGAACCUGGGAGGCUGGCUGGUGGUGGAGGGGUGGAUCAAGCCUUCCUUGUUUGAUGGCAUCCCAAACGGUGACAUGUUGGAUGGCGUGCAGGUGCAGCUCAAGUCUGUUGCCCUCCAGAAGUACGUGAGUGCAGUUGGCGGUGGCGGUGGAAAUGUGAACGUGGACCAGGAUGCUGCUUCGACAUGGGAGACUUUCAAGUUAUGGAGAGUUUCUGAUAGUGAAUUUCAGUUCCGGUGCCUCAAUGGUCAGUUCUUAACAGCAAGUAAUCAGGAUGUGAUCUCAGCAACUACAGAUUCACCAGGAGACUCUGAAACAUUUUAUAUUGAACGAAAUAACACACUGCUUCAUAUCAAGCUUUUAAAUGGGAGCUAUUUGCAGGUCACAAACAACAAUCAGCUUACUUCAAAUCAUCGUUCCCAACCUGGGUGGGGUGAUGAUAUGGCAACAUUCCAGAUGACAAUAGCUGCCAACAACUUGCAUGGAGAUUACCAGCUUGCUAAUGGGUAUGGACCUGCGCAGGCAAAAGCGGUCUUGACUGAACACCGAAAGAGCUUUGUUACUGGAAAUGACUUCUUUCUCCUCUCACAAAACGGUGUAAAUGCAGUCAGGAUUCCAGUAGGAUGGUGGAUUGCGUAUGAUCCUGAUCCACCAGCUCCAUUUAUUGGUGGCUCCCUUGAGAACCUUGAUAGAGCAUUCUACUGGGCACAGGUUUAUGGCUUGAAGUGCAUCAUCGAUCUUCAUGCGGCUCCCGGAUCUCAAAAUGGAAUGGAGCACAGUGCUAGCAGGGAUGGUUCAGUAGAUUGGCCUUCAGAGGUUAACAUACAGAAAACUCUGGAUGUCAUUAAAUUUUUAGCUCAAAGGUAUGCAGACGAUCCCUCGCUUCUUGGUGUCGAGCUUCUGAAUGAGCCUUCUGCAGGAACAGUCCCACUGGACACUCUAGUGUCGUAUUACAAAAGAGGCUACAAAAUUGUGCGAAGUUAUUCGGAGACAGCUUAUGUUAUAUUCUGCCAGAGGAUAGGGAAUGCAGACCCAAUGGAGCUUUAUGAGGCUGACCUGGGUCCAACUAACACUGUUGUUGACUUGCAUUACUACAAUCUGUUUGAUCCUUAUUAUGAGAAGCUUAACGCAACAGAGAACAUACGGUUUGUUUACGAAAAGAGACUGCCUCAAGUGUGGGCCUUGAACGGCGCAAAAGGACCUCUUGUUUUUGUCGGAGAGUGGGUGAAUGAAUGGAAUGUGGCAAACGCUUCACAAAUUCAAUACCGAUCUUUUGGAAAAGCUCAAUUGGAGGUCUUCGGAGAAGCAUCCUUUGGCUGGUCUUAUUGGACAGUCAGGUGCAACAGUGUGCACUGGGAUUAUGAAUGGAACGUACGGAAUCGGUAUCUUAUUAUUGGGGGUUCGCCAUUACAAAGAGCAAAUUACAUGAUGCUUGUGGCAGGAUGUCUUGUGUAUCUUUUGUUAUUGACGUUGACAUACGGCAAAAAAUAGUCCACAUUUGACAGGACGAUUUAUUGAAGCGUCAAAGACAACUCGUCGAAGACCCAAAGGGUCAUCAAACCAUGUCAAUCUAAUGACCUAAAUUACUCUACUGCUGAGCGUCAAAAUGUUUAGCGCGUAAUUAAUAUUACAUGGAA